AUGACGGAGGUGACGGUGUUGCAUGCGGUGGCGGACAUGGAUGAGGUGACGGUGUUUCAUGUGGCGGCGGAAGGGGAGGAGGUGGUGUUAUCAUCAUCGUCCGAGGUUGUUGAUAGCAUAGCUGAUAUAGAUAUGGAGAAUAAACAGGAAAAUCUUUGCAACGGCGUCGACGGGAAGACGGUUAAGGAAAGCAUCGAAAGUGAUGGGUCAGACGUCGGUGUUAACCGGAACGGCGCCGUGGAUGGAGUUCCAGAGGAGUCGAAUGGCGAGAGAAACCCUAAUGGCACAGAUGAGUAUUGCAUUGGAACCGGGGAUCAGGAGGAGGAUCCAAUUGAAUUGUGCCAGGCGGAGAGCCCCGUUGAUGAACAAAAUUCAAGGGAUGUUAUUGAGGGUGAACCCGAAGAUGGAGUUUUGGAAACUUCCAUGGCCGGUGACAAUGGAGUCUCUGUCUCUGAAGAUGCUGUUAUUGAUUCCAGUGUCGAGUCUUCUGAUAUAGUAGAAACCAGCACGUCGGUUGAGGGUGGUAUGUCUUGUGACAUGGUAGAAACCGACCACUCCGCUCUUCCAAUUAUCGAAGGUGGUAAGUUUUCUGACAUAGCUGAAACAGAUGCUGGGGCUUUUUUUCUUGUUUUUGGAAGCUUCCCCGUGAGUGUUGCAAUUAUAAGUGCAGAGAUUUCAUUGAAUUCCGAUGAUCAUCUCAAAAUACAGACCGAAACUUCUAAGUGGGACGAAGCAAUUUCGAGUUCGAUAUCUGAAAGGGAUAAUACUUCUGCUUCUAUAGUCUCUGAUAACUUAUCUGCUUCGAUGAGUAAUCCUGAUAGUGACCAAAUCUGUGGCCUCACAGAUGGAGGGAUUCAGUCGAUGCCAUUCCACUACCUCAUCAAGGUCCCCAGGUACAAUGAUGAAAGUUUAAAAGAAAAGAUUAGACUUGCUCAGAUUCAUGUCGAUGACAAGACUCGAACUCGAGAUGCAAUUCGAAUCGAAAUGCAAAGCUUGAGGGCUACAUGUAAGGAAUAUGGCAAUGAUUUUAAUGCUGCCGUGUCUCAAGAGCGAAAGGCUCGAGACUUGCUUAGCUCCAAACGUCUGGAAAUAGAGUCUAUCCAGUCCGUGAUGGAUAUUGAUGUCAAGAUACGAAACAUGGAACACACUAUGCAACAUGAAACUCUACCUCUUAAGGAUGAGAAGAAUCUCAUUCGAGAGAUCAAGCGAUUAAAACAAACUCGUGAAAAGCACUCAUCUAUACAGGAUGAAAUUCAGCUAGGUUUGGACAGGAAAGACCGCCUGAAGUCUUUAAAGAAGGAAGCGGAGCAAUUGAAAGCCGAUGUGCUAAAUGCUGAGGCGGUCACAAAGGCUGCCAAGAGAAAAUACCAUGACGAAUCCGAAAAGUUAAACGAAUUGCAGUCUCGGUUUAAAGCUGCAGAUGACAUUCAGCAAGAAGCUUAUGCACAGUUGCGGACUUUGAAGAAACAUUCAUACGAGAAGGGCAAACACUUUUGGCAGUACAGGGAUGACUUAAACAAGGCGAAUGAUUUGGCCUCGAAAGGCGGCAAAGAGGCACUCCAAAGUUUCUGUACUAACCAGGUGGAGAAAUUUAUGGAGUUGUGGAACGAAAACGAUGAAUUCCGUAAAGAGUACGUGAGAUGCAAUGCAAGGAGCACGAUAAGGAGACUGAGGACAUUAGAUGGUCGUGCGCUUGGUCCUGAUGAAAAGCCACCUGUAAUUCCUCAUAACGAAACAGUGGCCAAAGAUGAAGCACAAGAGAAAGUGGUGUUGGCAAAAGGAGAAAAGGAAAACGAUAAGCCUGUGUUGAAGGUUUUAGAGCAAAAGGAGGAGAUAAGUGAAUCCGUUGCACCAGCAAAUGUUUCAAUGGAGGAGGCAGGAGAUGAAAACAUGAAGAGAAGAAAGGAAGAAGAGGAAGAGGAAGCAGUUAAAUUGAGAGAGCAGCUCCGGUUGAAGGAGAUGGCUAAAGCUAAGGAAGCACUCGAGAGGAAGAGGCGAACGGCGGAGAGGACCCGAGCUCGGGACGCCGAAAGGGCUCUGAAAGAGGCUGAAAAGAAAGAGAAGCAACGAGAGAAGAGGGCAAAGAAGAAGGAAAGACGAAAGGCUGCCACAGCAGCCAAUGAUGCGAGCGUUACAGAUGAAGCUGCUGAAACCAAUGAUGCGAGCAUUACAGAUGAAGCUGCUGACACCAAUGAUACGAGCAUUACAGAUGAAACUCUAGUUGAAACUCCCAAAGAACCCAAGGCAAACUCCGUUCUUAAGCGAGGGAUGCAGCCAUGGCUAUGGGUCAUUUUAACUUCUCUCCUUUUGUAUGUCUUGUUUUUGACAAGGAAUUAA